AUGAGUGCCUUUUUCCAGCAAAAGAUCAAAGAUCCAGUCAUUAAGCUACUCAAGUCUGGUGCUUCACCUAGCAGCAUCGCGCUUGCCAUGGCUUUCGGCGUAUCCGGGGGUGUUUUUCCCAUUCCUGGCGUGACGACCGUACCUGUCAUGGCUGCCAUUUUUCUUUUUCGUCUGAACCCUGUUGCGGCCAUGCUUACAAAUUAUAUCGUUACACCGCUAAAUAUUGCGGCCAUUCCCUUCUUCAUUUAUUAUGGGUCUGUAAUCUUUGGAGGGGGCAAAGAGGAUCAGGAAUUUGCCAUCAGUAGUUUCCUGGAAGAUAUCAAAACGGAUACUAUCAACACGCUGUUGCUUUUCCGCUUCAAGUUGCUCCAUGCGAUCUAUCUGUGGCUGCUUCUCAUGCCUUUCAUUACACUUGUCAUUUACGGUGUACUCACUCCUGUACUGCGUCGUGUCAUGCCGAAGAGCAAGGACGAGCGCAAACAUGCCUGA